AGUUGUUCGACGACUGCCAAAGCGUUUAAAACAUUUACGAGUUUUGAGUUCUGAGUGUUGACUCUGUGUUUUUGAAAAAAACCAACUAAAAGAAAUAUAUUCAAAAUAUUAUUUGUGUGAAAAUGCUGCAACAGAUGUUCGCCUGUUUUCUAAUUGCCAUGUGCAUCAUGCACAGUGCAACGGCCAUCAAAUGCUAUCAGUGCAAAUCGCUGACGGAUCCCAAUUGCAGCAAGGACAAAUUGGAUGCCAAUUCGAAUAUUCGUCAGGUGGAUUGCGACACGAUGCCCAAGCCGAAUACCAUGGAUCAAUUGCAGCCGGUGACCAGGUGCAACAAGGUCGUCACCAGUGAUCGCGCCGGUGUCAUCGUAUCCCGUGACUGUCACUUUGAGGUGGUUGGACAGAAGGACAACGAGUGCACAGUGACGCACAGCCGCCAAGUGGAGACUUGUUUCACUUGCAAGGGAGACCUGUGCAAUGCCAGCGGCGCUGGCCGCUAUGUGGCGUUUAGUGCAGCCUCUCUGCUCGCAUUCUUCGUCCUGCAGAUGGCGCUGUAAGCCGCCUGAGCAUUUUAAAUAUAAAUAUAUAUAAAAAGAAAACAAAAAAUAUAAAGUCAAUCGUGUACAAAUUUAAAGAUAUGUAAAAAUUAUUGGUUUUAAAUAAAGUC